UUCGAGAAAAUAACGGCUGCCAACAUGUCAACAGACGGAAAAAGUCUGCCCCUGGCAGAGAUGGACACAAACCUGAUGUUUGAGCAACACACGGUGGAGGAAAUCCGGGGCAUAGAGAAGAGGACCAGGGCUGACAUUGAAAGAAAGAAGGAAGAUCUAAGGACAAUGGUUGGGGAGAGAUACCGUGACUUGAUAGAGGCAGCUGACACAAUUGCGGAUAUGAAAAACAGUGCUCUCAAUGUGAUGUCUACAAUUGGUCGUAUAGAAGGCCUGUGUGCGGACCUGCGUUCAGCCCAGCUGGCCCCUAACUCUGGGGGCCCGGCACGGAAGAAACAGGAGCUGGACAACAGGCGUAAAGAGGAAGCAAGGUUCCAUGAGGUGUCAGCCCAGAUUAAAUUGCUGCUUGAUAUCCCGGAAAAGGUGUGGACAUUCCUCGAUGGGCAGGAUUUCCUGUCAGCCAGUCGCCUGUAUCUGCUGGCCCAGCACAUCAACACCAGCCUGCACCUUCACUCCCAGGGCACUCCAAACUUCCUGUAUUGGUUCCCCGUACUAAACAGACAGUGGGCGGCCAUCUCACACUUCAAGUUCACCAUUCUCCAGGGUUGCAGACAGCUCAUCAAGGAGGCAGCUGUCACAGACCAGAAAGUAGCAGAAAGCCUGUGUGUCAUCCUCCUGCUGGAAAACUCAAACCCUCGACAAGUCUUCAAUGAAUUUCUUCUCGCUAGAACAUCAGCGAUCCAGGGCGUGUUGAGCUCGGGUACGGAGAGCACGAAGGAGCUGGUGUGCUCCGUGGUCCACCUCAUUACCACCACAGUACACCAGAUAUACUCCGUCUUCUACACGCCACAGGACGACCAGAAUGAUGACACAAACCUAUUACUGAAGGUCCUUUCCAGAGUCACAUCAGAGAAACAAUGUGACACAGGUCUCAUGGAUCUCCACAGCUCCGUAUCCUCCAGAUGUCUCCCAAAAUCUAUCAAGGAGUUUUGUCCGAGCCACAAGUCUGUCACCGUAGGUGUGUCCCAAUCUCAUCUCCAUGACAACUGCACACAGUGGAUACAGACAUGUAGCUGUGAUGUGCAGUCUGGUGUGGGAAAGCUUCUACACUUUGUCAACACCGUCAAACAUCUUGCCACUAUUCGCAACACUGUCUGGGAUAUCAUGGCACAGGAUGAGAGCCUGGAGCAUUGGGAGGAGGUUUGCCAGCAAGUGUUGAACGGACCCCUCCACAUUUGGCAUGACUUGCUAAGGCCAUUGUUUGUUGACAGAGUUAAGGCCCUGAUCCAGUAUCAGCUGAAUGCCACUGUGGAACUGACCCAGAGACAGGUCAGCAAGGUCAUUAUAGAGAUGGACAAUCCCCACUCCAGCCCACUGGUGUCAGAGAUUGACCUGGGCUCUUAUGUGUGGUCAGAGAGCCCCGGGGACAUCGCGCCCCACACAGCCUGGAGCCCUGCAGGCACCCGGUCACUCGUAGAGAGUGGGGGCCUCAUGAUGAAAGCCAAGGCUUACACACCCAUUGUGCAGAGUUUCUGCAAAAACUUUGAUGAGAAGUUGAAGAGCGUGAGUGAGGACUACAAGUUCUACAUGUUCUUGGACCCCGAGGGGUUCAUUGUUCCCUUGGAGACGAAGCCCUUCAACCGAUGGGCAGACUCCGCCAGCCUCCUCACUUUUAUACAGACCUCCUGUGUUGCCAGUGUCAACAGCCUGUUGGAGUUUCUGGGUAAGAUGAGAGAUGAGUGCCAGUCUGCCCUCACCACCUCAGAACAACGCCUCAGCAACAUAGGAAACAAGUUGUUGUUGUCUGGGCGACUGUGUGCAGCCAUGUGUGACCUGACCCCGCACCUCCAGCAGUCCAUGCUGGGUAGGGAGCAGAUUGCCAGGGCAGAUGGAGCCAGGUCAGUGUUGAAGAAGUCUAGCAGUGGGCGACUCACUGCAGGGCGGCAAGAGGUCAAUUCUGCCUGGGAAGAAGUGAAGGCUCAGCUCACAACUGUCCAACACUCUGCUUACAGAUUGUGGAUAGACCACCUAGUGAAGAUAACCCUGGCGAGUUUCUGUGUAGCAGUAAAUUCCAGCUCGCCUGCUGAUACCAUCAAAACAUGCUCUCGUUGGGAGGAGGUUUCCAUUGAGGAGGAGACAGAGGAAGGGAGGAAGAUCAUGUCCAAAAUUGCUGUACCCAUGCAGGCGUCCUGGUAUUUGAUGUCAGCGCUGUAUGGUUUGUGCUGUGACCUGAACAAUAUUGGAGGACAUGCUCUCGCAAGGAGUGUGUUGGAGCAUUUGGUGGUGAGUGUGUCAGAUGGACUGGUAUCGGCCUAUUGUGGUGUGGUGACGCAGUCUGGCCCUGCCCUCCCCCAACAGCGCGCACUACAGCUCCUGUUUGACGUCCGCUUUCUCCGUCUUAUCAUUCCCAGGAAGGACGACACUAAGGAAAGUCGGGAGUAUGUCCGUCAGCUGGAGGUUGUGAUAUCGGGGCUGGAGGAGCAGGUAGACCCGUUUGACCUCGACGUCUUCUCCCCCUACAUGCAGGCUAACCUCCACAAACUCCUUACCAGAUCUGCAGUGUUACUGGGUGGGUUGACCAGCCUGGACCGUAUGGGUGUGUACGGGGUGACGUCACGGCCAACCGCGGGGCCCCAGCAGGAGCAACACAAUGUGCUGCUGUUGUCAACAUGUCAUAGCCGUUUCUCCCUGCUUCCCCUCUCCACCCAGCAGUCCCGCCUCCCGCCGCCACAACCCGUCAUCUCCCAGACACUUUAUAGGGGUGUUGAGAGCGGAUCCAGUCUGGUGGAGACAGCAGCAGCAGUCAUCCCACAGCACUCCCAGACCAAGGUUGGAACCAGCUCAUCAUUCUACGACAAACUUGGCACAGGCCUCGGAUCAAUGACUGAGAUCUCCAGCUGGUUUUCCUCUAAGGGGUCAAAAUAGUAGUGAAAAUUCUGGUCAGUGUGAGGGCUUUGAAUUGACUGAUGUGUGUGUGGGUAGAUCAGUCGCAGACCGGACAUAUUGCCCUCAUUGGUGAAUGAAACUGUGAUUGUUUUUCUGAACAGAAAUGUUUAUAUAAAUAUGGGAUGAAUGUUAUGGGCUAUUUAUUAAAUUGAUGUAAAUUAAA